AUGAGUCUCCAGAACUCCGAAGGCCAUCCUGGCCUGGGAAAUAACAUGUUUGUCCCACAGAGCCCGCAAGGCAAUGAAGACAGCAGGUCAGGAAGAAAUUCCAGUGCAUGUGGGAAUACACAGGACGUGGAGACUGUUGACCUCCCACCCCUGGUUCCCAUGGCCCCUUGGGGCUCUCAGAAGGAACUGUCUCCAUGCCACCUGCUGACAGUGAGGAUCAUCCGGAUGAGAAAUGUCCACCGGGCUGAUGUGUUGAGCCAAACAGACUGCUUUGUGAGCCUCUGGCUGCCCACUGCCUCUCAUAAGAAGCUGAGGACUAAGACUAUCUCCAACUGCCCAAACCCAGAGUGGAAUGAAACCUUCAACUUCCAGAUCCAGAGCCAAGUGAAGAACAUUCUAGAGCUGAGUGUCUGUGAUGAAGACACAGUGACACCAGACGAUCAUCUCUUGACAGUUCUCUAUGACCUCACCAAGCUCUGCUUCCGAAAGAAAACCCAUGUGAAGUUCCCACUCAACCCAGAGAGCAUGGAGGAGCUGGAAGUGGAGUUCCUGCUGGAGGAGAGUCCCUCUGCACCUGAGACCCUCCUCACCAAUGGCGUUCUAGUGUCCCGGCAAGUCUCCUGUUUGGAGGUUCACGCAGAAGCCAGGCGUCCGAGGAAGAGAAGGAAAAAGAAGGGCUUCUUGGUGACUGUGAGCGAGUCCUUUGAACACACCCAGCGCAUCUUGCCCUGCCUGGAGCCCUGCAGCCCAAACCCUUCCCGCUUCCACUACCCCAAGUACUUCCAGCCCCAGCUGCAAGUGGAACUGCCCAAGAGCCACAGGAGCUAUGAGCUUUGCUGCUGCAGCAGGCGCAAGAAGAGCGGCCCCAUCUGCCAGCCCCUGGACUGCCUUCCUGACAGCCAGGCGGUGACCCUGCCUGUGGGUGAGAACUGUGAAUUACACAUGAAGUCUACAGACUGCCCCGAGGUGCCGGAUGUGCGGCUGGGCUACAGCCUGUGCCCAGCAGAGCUGGAGUUCCUGGAGAAGCGGAAGGUGGUGGUGGCUGAGGCACUGAAGCAGGUGCUACAGCUGGAGGAGGACCUGCAGGCGGACGAGGUACCGCUGAUAGCCAUCAUGGCCACUGGGGGAGGGUCAAGAUCCAUGACCUCCAUGUACGGCCACCUGCUGGGGCUACAGAAGCUGAACCUCCUGAACUGUGCUAGCUACAUCACUGGCCUGUCAGGGGCCACCUGGACCAUGGCUACCUUGUACCAAGACCCCGAAUGGUCCUGCAAAAACCUGGAGCCUGCCAUCUUUGAGGCCCGGAGGCAUGCAGUCAAGGACAAGCUACCGGCCCUGUUCCCAGACCAGCUCUGUAAAUACAGGGAGGAACUCCGGCAGCGCAGCCAGGAAGGAUACAGAGUCACCUUUACUGACUUCUGGGGCCUGCUGAUCGAGGCCUGUCUGGGGGACAAGAGAAAUGAAUGCAAACUGUCAGAGCAGCGAGCUGCUCUGUGCCGAGGCCAGAACCCCCUGCCCAUCUACCUCACCAUCAAUGUCAAGGAUGUUGUAAGCAACCAGGAUUUCAGAGAGUGGUGCGAGUUCUCCCCCUAUGAGGUGGGCCUGCAGAAGUACGGGGCCUUCAUCCCCGCCGAGCUCUUCGGCUCUGAAUUCUUCAUGGGGCGGCUGAUGAAGAGGAUCCCGGAGUCACGAAUGUGCUACAUGCUAGGUUUGUGGAGCAGCAUCUUCUCCCUGAACCUGCUGGAUGCCUGGAAUCUGUCCCACACCUCGGAGGAGUUUUUCCACAGAUGGACGAGGGAAAGAGUGCACGAUAUUGAAGAUGAGCCGCUCCUGCCUGAAAUCCCCAAAUGUGAUGCCAAUGUCCUGGAGACCACGGUGGUGAUCCCAGGGUCGUGGCUGUCCAACACUUUCCGCGACAUCCUCACCCACCGGUCCUUUGUGUCUGAGUUCCACAACUUCACGCGGGGGCUGCAGGUGCACACGAACUAUCUCCAGAACAGCCAGUUCUCCAAGUGGAAAGAUACAGUGCUCGACGGCUUCCCAAACCAGCUGACGGGGUCCGUGAACCACUUGUGCCUGCUGGAUACGGCGUUCUUCGUCAACUCCAGCUAUCCGCCGCUCCUACGGUCAGACAGGAAAGCUGACCUCAUCAUCCACCUCAAUUACUGUGCCGGGUCCCAGACCAAGCCCAUGAAACAAACCUGUGAAUACUGCACCGUGCAGAACAUCCCCUUCCCCGAGUAUGAGCUGCAAGGCGAGGAAGACGAUCUCAAGGAAUGCUACCUGAUGGAGAAUCCCCAGGAGCCCGAUGCCCCCAUUGUGGCUUUCUUCCCGCUCAUCAACAACACCUUCCAAAAGUACAAGGCCCCAGGUGUGGAGCGAAGCCCUGAAGAGCUGGAGCAGGGCCAGGUUGAUAUUUAUGGCCCCAAAACUCCCUACGCCACCAAGGAGCUGACGUACACGGAGGCCGCCUUCGACAAGCUGGUGAAGCUCUCUGAGUACAACAUCCUGAAUAACAGCGACAAGCUCCUUCAGGCCUUGCGACUGGCGAUGGAGAAGAAGAAACGCCUGAAGAGGCAGUGUCCCCCCUAA